UGCCGCGCAGAACCGGAAGAGGGGCGUGGCCUCCGCGCCUUCCUGCCCCAAGAGCCGCCGAGGUCGGAGAGCGGGGCCGGGCGGGGGUCCCGGGUGUCCCGGGCGGCAGCGGCAGCGGCAGCGGCAGCAUGGCGCAGUGGCAGGAGGUGCAGAGCUUGGCCAACGCGCACCUGGAGCGGGUGCACCAGCUGUACGCGGGGGCCGCGCUGCCCAUGACCGUGCGGCAGUGCCUGGCCGCCUGGAUCGAGGACCAGAACUGGCGCCAGGCGGCCGAGCCGCUCUCGUCCCACGCGCGGAUGCUGUUCCACUCUUUACUGGCGCUGCUGGGCGAGCGCCUGGGCAGCCCGGGGCUGGGCGACGAGGAUUUCACGCAGAAGCACAACCUGCGCAAGGCCCGGCGGGACCUCCAGGCCGAGUUCGAGGAGUGUCCGGAGCGAUUUGCCAACUUGGUGGCCAACCUGCUGCAGGAGGAGCGGCGGAUCCUGCGCCUGGGCCAGGCGGCGGGGCAGGGGGCGGCCGCCCCGGCGCCCAGCGCUGCCCCGGAGAGCGACCGCAAGCAGCAGAUCCAGCGGCGUUUGGCCGAGUUCCACGCGGCCGUGCAGGAGGUCGAACGCGCUUUCUGGCACCUGGAAGACCUGCAGGACGCCUUUGACUUCUGCUUCAAGGUGCACUAUGUGCCGGGUGAGGACAAGAGCAAUGACCCCCAGUACGUCCGGCAGCUCCAAGCCCUCCAGGCCAAGCUACAGACACUGGACCGGCAGCGGCGGGAGGUGCUGGCGCAGAUGCAGCAGCUGCUGGGGCGCAGCGAGCGGCUGCAGGAGUUCCUGCAGCAGGAGCUGGGGGACUGGCGCGAGCGGCAGCAGCGCGCCUGCAUGGGGGCCCCCGCCGACACCUGCCUGCGCCCGCUGGAGACCUGGUUCACAGAGCUGGGCCAGAGGCUGUUCCAGCUGCUGCAGCUGCUGCGCGCGCUGGGGGAGCUGCGGCAGAAGGUGACAUACGAGCGGGACCCGCUGAAGGCAGAGAUCCCCCUCCUGGAGCGGCGGCUGAAGGAGCAGCUCACCUACCUGCUGCAGAGAGCCUUCGUGGUGGAGCAGCAGCCCAACAUGCCCAACCCCUGCAAGCGCCCGCUGGUCCUGCGCACGGCCAGCAAGUUCUCGGCCCGCGCCCGCCUGCUCGUGCGCCUGCACGACCGCAACCACCGCAUGGAGGCCAAGAUCCACAUUGACAGGGACCCCCCCAAGAUAAAAGGGUUUCGCAAGUUCAACAUCCUGACGUCGAGCAGCAAAACCAUCCUGGCAGGGGACAGUCCCCAGGAGGGGCUGGUCUGCGACUUCCAGUACCUUACGCUGAAGGAGCAGAAGGACAGCCGCUCGGGCAAAGGCGCCAAAGGCGCCGGCGAGAGUCCCCUGGUCGUGACCGAGGAGCUGCACCUCAUCACCUUCACGCUGGCGUACGCUUACUGCGGGCUGGAGCUGGAGCUGGAGACCUCCACGCUGCCCUUCGUCAUCAUCUCCAACACCAACCAGCUCUCCAGCGCCUGGGCCUCCGUCCUCUGGUUCAACAUGCUCAGCACUGACCCCAGCAACCCCAAGGAGCAGCAGUUCUUCUCGGCGCCCCCCGCCGCCCCCUGGCCCCGGCUGGCCGAGGUGCUGAGCUGGCAGUUCGAGAGCGUGGCCGAGCGGGGCCUGGCCCGGGAGCACCUCCUCAUGCUGGCCGAGAAGCUCUUCGGCUCGAAGCCGUCGCCGGAGAGCACCGUGUCCUGGCCCAAGUUCUCCAAGGACGGCGCCUCCGGCUUCUCCUUCUGGGCCUGGCUGGACGGGAUCCUGGGGCUGCUCCAGGAGCACCUCAAGCCGCUCUGGAAGGACGGCCUCAUCCUGGGCUUCGUGAGCCGCAAGCAGGAGAAGAAGCUGCUGAAGGGCAAGCGAACGGGGACGUUCCUGAUCCGCUUCAGCGAGAGCAUCCUGGGGGGGGUCACCUGCACCUGGGUGGAGCACCCCGAGAGCGGACCCCCCGCGUUCCGAGCGGUGGUUCCCUACACGGCGGCCGAGCUGGCGUCGCUGGCGCUGCCCGACAUCAUCCGCGACUACCAGCUGCUGGUGGAGGAGAACAUCCCCGAGAACCCCCUGCAGUUCCUGUACCCCGACACCCCCCGCGACGAGGCCUUCGGGCCCUACUACAGCCAGCGGCAGGAGGGGACCCUGACGGAGCAGAAGCGAUACCUGAACCGGCGCCUCAUCCGCGUGUCCUCCAGGCAGGCGAAUGAGUCGUGGCAGACGGAAGAGGAGCUGGUGGUUGCUACGGAAAACCUGGAGACACUGCAGCUGCAGCCCGGUGGCCUGGGGACGCAGCAGGUCACAUCUGGGAACCUGGGGACACUGCAGCCCGGUGGCCUGGGGAUGCAGCAGGUCACAUCUGGGAACCUGGGGACACUGCAGCCCGGUGGCCUGGGGACACAGCAAGUCACAUCUGGGAACCUGGGGCCACUGCAGCCCUUGAGCCCAGGGACAGGGCAGGUGAUGGCCACUGGCCUGGGGAUGCUGCAGCCUGGGGGCUCGGGGACACUGCAGGUCACAUCUGGGAACCUGGGGACACUGCAGGCAGGGCCCCAAGUCCUGGAGCCACCACAGCCCCUGCAGGUGAGACCUGGGGUCCCAGAGGUGCUGCAGGCGGAGAUUGAGGGUCUGGUGCUGCAGCUGGUCCCCGAGGGCCAGGGGACACUGCAGGUGGGACCAGGGGACAUGGGGAUAAUGCAGGGGCUGCCUGGGGGGCUGGGAACGCUGCAACACAUGGGACCUGGGGACCAGGGGACACAGCAAGUGGGACCUGGGGCUGUGGAGCAACAGCUGGUGCUGCAGCUGGUCCCCGAGGGCCAGGGGACACCGCAGGUGGGACCAGGGGGCUUGGGGACACUGCAGGUGCUGCCUGGCAGGCUGGGGCCACUGCAGCCGGUGGCUGGGGACACGGGGACGCUGCAGCCGGUGGCUGGGGACACGGGGACGCUGCAGCCGGUGCCGGGGGCUGUGGAACCGCUGCUGGUCCCCGAGGAGCUGCCACUGGAGCUGCUGCCGGGAGACCUGGACAUGCAGGAGCUGCUGGAGUCGCUGGCGAACGGGCCAGAGCCAAGCUCGGGGUCACUGGGGAUGCAGGGGACACUGGAGCCAGCGGAGCUGAUGCCAAACGUUGCUGAGGCCAUGGAUGGGGGGCUGGACCCCAGGCUGGCAGGCAGCGCCGCGCUCCUGGCCCCCCACGACCCGUUCCUGCCGCAGUCUGAGGACGCGGCCCCGGCCGCCGCCAGCUCCCUCUUCACCACCGACUUCCCCCCGCUCAGCAUCGACGCCAACGACUUCCAGUGACCCCCCUGUAAAUAAACCUCUUCCUCACCCUC